GUGACCACCAUUCCGCUUGAAGGUUCUCCGUGGUAUCAUGUUUCCCUCAGCGGGUUAUUUUCGCAGUGCAAACUGUCCUUUCUUCAUCCAUGGCCUGUGCCAUCGACCGUACUGCCAUUUCAGACAUGCAAAGCCAGGCCAUGGAAGCUCCAGCAAGACAAGUAUAAAAAGCUGCCUGAAGUCAAAAACUACUGCAACAAAGACAGAAUGUACAGACAAUGCGAUAUCUCAGCCUCAAUCGRCCACAGAGACCAAUAAUGCUGGAAUAARGAGCGUUGAGUYGGGCAGUGUCCUGGGAGAURAUGAAMUCAAAAACAYAGAGAAAAUUGAACCUGAAAAAGCUGCAAAAACAAACAAAACAAGCAACAAAGAAACACAGAAAACAUCACCAAAUAAAACUUCUCUUUCAAUUCUUGAGUCUUURAAUAAACUAGAGCAGGCUGUAGAGGARGCUUCGGCAACUCUUCACAGUGCRCCAUGUAGCAGUAAAAAGAUUAGUAAUUUGAUUAAUACUAGUGUCAAAGAAAAGAAUAYAUGYGAGAAGAAGACUUUGAAAACUGCRGUACAAACUAAAGAAAGCACUAGUACCAAGGAAAAGWCUAYAUGUGARAARAAGMCUUURAAAACUGCYGUACAAACUAAAGAAAGCACCAGCAAAMUUGAAUCAUCCAMAGUGCAAACAAACAAAGACAAUACAGUCAAACAACAAAGUUUCACUYYRGAAAUUUCAUCAAAUAAUUKUACAGAAUUGGAGGAAAACUCAAGUCUGGAAGAAAAGCAAAUGGAUUUUGAGGAUAGUAAUAAGAUUCAGGAAGGAAAAGAGACCAAAAAUAUUAAUAAAGAAUUGGGAAAAGAAGUUGUAGACACCAGCUACAAAUAUUCUAACAAUAUUAAACGGAAACAUGAUAAAAUUGAUGAAGGUUUGCAUCACUCAGCAAAGAAGAGAAAAACCUCUUGUAGUAGCGAUGACACACCAAGAAAAUCCAAGGAAAGUAAACUUAGAAACUCUUUAGUGAAGACACCCAUAGAUGCAGAAAAGGAAACGAUUAAAAAGAAAAAAGGAGUCACAAAAGAUAUUAUACAGAGAAAAUGUACUGAUGGUCAACCAAAGAAAGUCGAGGAGUUAAGCAAAACAAUUAAAACAAAAGCUGCCAAAGAAGAAUUAAAAAAUAUGGACAAAGKAACUUUAGAUAAAGCAGAGAAGAAAGAUGCAAAGGUCAAAAGACAAUUAAUGGAUAUUGACUUUUUCACUUUGUCAAAAAAAUCAAAGCUAAAAACCCAAGGGAAAGUUAAGACAGUUGAGCCAACAGAUAAACCAGAGAAAACAGAUCAAGUUAAAUUGAAAACUUUGCGCAAACAGGCAAAGCCUAAAACUUCAAGUGAUAUAAAAGGUCAUGAUAUAAAGACACCUGAAAUCUCUUCCAAAACAGGAGGAGGUUUGAAAGCAAAUAUUUCAAUUGAUUCGUUAUUUGAGAGYGAUGAAGAUAAAGAUGAUAGCAGUGAUAGCAUUAGUGAUUCAGAACAAGACACAAUGGACAGUGGUACAGACACUUUGAAAGAAAUAUUUGAUAAUUAUGACCCACAACAAGACAGAGAGAAAAGAGUUUCAACCCAAAAUACAGCAGGAACUUCUGGAGUAAUGUCUGUUGAUGUGUCUCCUGCAAAGGAUAAAAACACUUCACCAGCAGAGCUUCAAGGGUUAGGGAAAAAGAAAAGAGUUGCACAUAACGCCUCUUAUUUAGUGCAAAGAAAAGGAAGUAAUAUUAACCCUAUUAGAAGGUUACCAAAAGAUUCGCCAAGCAUACCAGCCAAACAACCCCAGCCCACGACAUUAGAAAGAAAUGCACUACAAACAAAGAGACGAGUAGCUCACAUCCCCAAACCAACCACCGAUACUUCGCUACCRAGACCCAGAAUACCAACUGAAUAUGGUGCCAAAGUACCACAGAAUUUAAGACAAAGAUAUCUKGACAAGAUCAUUGAUGAAAACYUACGACUUUAUGCGACAGAAAAGGAAGCAUUUGAUAGGGGUGUUGAGGAAGAACGUAGUAUUUAUCAGCGUGCUACAAGGAGACCAAUGUAUCUUAACCURUGCUGYAAUGCAAUCAAAGUAYURCGCAGUAAACCAACUCCAGAAUUUCAAACAGACCCCRACCCUUCCCCUGCUGGGAUGUCUUCUGCAACUGGAACAACUGGUUCAUCUAAAGCAAUGAAAAACAGUUCAAAAGAAAUUGAUCCUUCAAAUUUGACAGAGGAGAUGACGUAUGAGUUGUUGUCACAGUAUAUAAUGACAGAGGAGCAGUUAGUUGAGAAUGGUUAUCCACGGCCUUGUCCGUCUACCCCUGGCAAGGUCACUUUYAAACCCCGCCGACCCCUCCCUACUCCUAGUAAAGACCCAAACAGACGGACAUGUUGUCGUUGUGGCAAAAAUUACUCCAUAAACGAUGAUGGUACAUACGUGCGGCAGGAGGAUUGCGUAUAUCAUGUCGGAAGAUUAUUUAGAAGAAGAACUGCAGGAGAAAUAAGCUCUUCAUUUCAGUGUUGCGGUGGUGAUGCUUCAACUCCUGGUUGUGCUGUUUGUAAAUUUCAUGUAUGUGAAGGCAAGAAUCAAACUGAAGGCUUUAUGACUACAAUUAUCAGUCCUUUGGCUGGGAACCAAAAGAAAGUGUUUGGAGUKGACUGUGAGAUGUGUUAUACCAUUGCYGGGCUUGAAUUAACACGUGUAACCGUGGUGGACUGGAAGCUGGAAAAGAUUUAUGAUACUUUUGUCAAACCUGAUAAUCCUAUCCUAGACUAUAAUACCAGGUUCAGUGGAGUUACGCGAGAGUGUCUACGUGGUGUCAAGACUAGUAUUCGUGAAGUGCAAGCUGUUCUUCUAAGCAUGAUAAGCAAAGAUUCAAUCCUGGUGGGACACAGUCUUGAAAGUGACUUAUUAUCCUUAAAGCUUGUUCAUGAUACGGUAGUUGAUACAUCAGUUGUCUUUCCUCAUCGUCUUGGUCCACCMUACAAGAGGGCACUGCGAACACUUAUGGCCGAGUUUGUAAAGAAAAUUAUUCAAAACAAUGAGGAAGGUCACGAUAGCUAUGAAGACGCUAAAGCAAGUUUAGAACUCAUGCUAUUCAAAGUGAAAGAAGAUUUAAAAAAGAAACCAAAAAACAAAAGAUAACAAACAAAGUAUUUAAUAUAUUACAAAAGAUGUAAAGAAUUUAGGAUAAAACAUAUUGGGUCUUGUUGGAAAAUACAUAUGAAAAUACUAGAGUUUAAAAAAAUAAUGUACGUACAUGUAGUACCUACCAAAUGUACAAUUAAAGGUGGAUUUUAAAAA